UCGUUCAAAUAAGAAAUAACGUAGUGUCAGCGCAUAUUUGCCGUAAUGGCAGCUAUCAUACGAAACUUAUGAGGUAGUGAUCCUCUUACUUUAAAACAUACGUAUCAUAUAUUCCAAAUUCAUUAUCAUACAGAUUUGUUUUACAAGAAAACAUAAAGUUUUGAGGACCGUGCAACUAAUUCUUUAAGUAAUGCUGAUUCUGCAACUUAUAAGCCGAAUUCGUUCAUUGUGUUUACCGGGAAGUUCAGAAUGUGAUGGAGAUACCAUGAAAAUGUGUGAUCUGAACGGCGAAUGGGUUGUGAUAAAUUGCCCUACCAAUAGUAACUGUGUGCUUGAUAACAAUAAGAUUACAUGUUCACCUGCCAAAGGAGAGGAAAGCGUGCCUGCUGACCUAUCAGUAAUGAAGAAAGUCUCGAGUCAGCAGGAAAGCGUUGAUAAAAAGGAAGAAAAAAAGCAAGAAAGCCAAAACAGCGCAGAGAACAAACCUAGUGAUCAGAACAAAGCAGAAAACCAAUCAAAUAUACCUAAUAGCAAUUCGUCUGCAGCCGAGAAUAAAUCUGAUCAGUCGGAAGGAGCUCAAAUGCCAAGUGAAAAGCAGCAACAACCGGAUGAUAGUAAGAAUACGGAGAGUAAGGCGGAGACAGACAAUCAGGAUGAACAAAAAUCACAGGAGCAGCCAAAGCCAUCGGAGCCUCCAAAAGAGUCAGUUAAACCGCCUGAAGAUAAACAGGAGAAAACUGUUACUGUAUAUAAGACAGUUACUGAGAAGAUAAUGAUAGAGACACGGGAUGAGCCAUCAACGAUACAGGAAAUAGUUAAAACCGUUAAAAGACCGGAUUUGCCUUGUUGUGAUGAAAACCUGCAGGAUUCAUGCCGUAUAUGUCGUGAUACAAAGCCUAUAAGAGCAAUUGUAAUUGAUCGUGAGAGCCUGUUAGGAGCGGGUAGCGAAGGCCAGCAGGGAUCAACAGCCGGUAACGGUUCGAGUCAGCCACCCACCGGUGGUUCUGAUACAGGCGGUGGAAGCGCGUCACCGACAGCACAAGGCGAAAGUAGCGAUAACACUGCUCAACCGGGUGGAGGUUCAGGGGCAUCACAGCCCGGACAAGCCGGCGGGGCUGACAGUUCUGCACAGCAGAGCAGUGGUCCCCCAAAAGCACCACUUGGCCAUGGUAAAACACCAUUGCCAGCUAGUAGUCUAACAUCAACAGGUCCAGGUGCAAAAGCUUCUACUCCACCUAGUCCGGCAAAAAAGUCCCCACUCGCCAGUGCAGGCAAAAACAACAUAAACUCGAGUCUUAAGGGCAAAGAGGGUCAAAAACUUGCUGGUGACACAGGAAGCACGCCAUCGGGCGGUGGCGGUAAUGCCAAAAUAACAGAGAGCCAAAUUAAACAAAUUACGAGUGAGCUUGGAUAUAAAGCACCAGAUGCGAACGUAAAGGCAGUCGCAGAUCAGAUUGGCAAAUUUAAAACUACCAAUGAUGCAGCGAUGUUCCUGGCACAAAUCAUGCACGAGUCUGGUGGCUUGUCGCAACUCGUAGAGAAAGGAUGCAAUGAAGAUCCUGCUAAGUGUGGUAAAAAUUAUGACGAUGGCAAGGGAAAGCCAGGUAAAUAUUAUUUUGGACGUGGAUUCAUCCAACUGUCGUGGGCGGCCAAUUACAAAGCAGCGAGUGAAGGCAUUGGCAUGGGCACUAAACUACUCGAUAAUCCUGAUAUGGUCGGUAAAGAUCCAAAGGUAGCCAUGCAGACAUCGGUGUGGUACUGGCAAACAAGAGUUGCCACUGCACCGGGAGUCAAAGAAAAUAAAUUUGGAGCCACCACAAAGGCAAUUAAUGGUGCUUUGGAGUGCAAGGGACAAAAUGUGGAGAAAAGUAAGAAGAGAUAUGAUAUUUACAAGAAAAUUGUCAAAAUCCUAAAGAUAAGUAAUCCUUCGAGUGAAGCUGGCUGCUAUAAUUAGUAUGGCAGGUUUAAAUAAAUUAGACCAUAAUUAAUUAAAAGAGCGA